AUGAAAUGAAUAUUAUUUUCAAAGAAUGGCAACCGUUAUCAUUAAAUACAGAAUCGCGCAAAAUUUCUGAUAAACAAAUGUUUAGUUUUGAAUUUAAAUAAAAUACAACAAUAUUAUCAAAUGAUUCUUUAAUCGCAAAGUUAUUACUAUCCAAAAUGAGUAUAUUACUAUAUAUUUAUUUUCACUAAUCCUUAAUAUGUCCUCAGUUCCACAAGGAUGGCAUGGUAUUCCUGUACCAACACGAAAUUCCCAGAUGACAUCUAUGUCAGCUGCUUCAACUGUGCCAACCAUCAUUAGGAAAAAAUGGAACUCACCACUCUCAUCAGAAGUUCCUCCCAGCAAGCUGCCAUCUUAUAAACCUUCAUCUGUCAGAUUACAAAAAAGUGCAGUAAAGAAUACUCUUUCCACAAGAUCCUCAUCUAAGUCACAAGUUGAUCUGACUUCCACUCCCACAAAAUCUUCUCCAACCAAAGAAUUGAAAAAUGAUAUUGCCAAAUUAAAAAAGGAACUUGCCACUAUAAAAACUGAAAAUUCUAUCUUAAAAGUCAAAGUUAGAAGAGUUGAUGAUGAAAAUAUACAGAAAUCAAAGCAGAUUGAGAAAUUACGAGUGGAGUUAAAGGCAGCUCAGAAAAGUGAAGUUGCCAGCAGUAAAAAAAGUAAAGAAUCUGAAUUACUUUUACUGCGCCAAAAAUGCUUACGUUUAGAAUGUGCUCUGAAAGAAAAAGAUGCCAUAAUUAAAAAACUUAGAGGAGAAUCACCAUUGAAAUCUGCAGAGACAGACUUUUCUACUCAAGAAGUUGGAAAAGAGACUAGUGAUAAUGAUGACUCAAAACAACAGACUUCAUACGAUAGUAAGCUUGGAAAGAAAUAUUCUGCAACAAGAUCAGCUCUUUCAAGAACUACUCAGUCAUCUAAAGGAGAAGUAACUAAACUGAGAGAUAUGAUUCACAAGUUGGAAAAAGAAAAUCAAGAUCUACAGCAACAAGUGAAAGAAAAAGGAGAUGAAGUCAGAAGAUUGAAGGUACACUUGAGAAGUCAAACAUAUACAAAGUCAACUGCAGCUCCCAUUGCAAAAUCUAUAUCUAAAAGUAUAAAGUCAUCUGAACCUUCUUCAACUGCAACUUCUCUUUCCAAGUCUGUAGCUAAAACAAACAGUUAUUCAUCCAGAGCUUCUGGUACUCUAACUCUUCCAGGCAAAAUUCAAAGAGGGAAAACAGUGGAAAAAACAACUAUUAUGCCCUCGUCCUCGAAAACCACUCUUUCACAAAAAAGUGUGAAACAAAUUCCUAAAAUCACGGAAAACCAAGAGAAGAAAGUGAUUGGAAAAAGCAAUAAAGCGCUUAAUUCAUCAAAAUUGCAACCAAGACCUGUCCCUAAAAAGCAGGUGAAUGGUCUCAAUUCUAAACUGCCUGUUAAUAAGGCUACAUCAAGCUUAACUGUUACAAAACCUGCUGAAUCUAAGUAUGUUGUACAAAAUUUAAUGGAAAAUAACAUCGAGGAACAAACAGAAAGGAUGCGAAAAAAUAUAGCAGCUAAAAGAAUACAAAGAAGUUGGCGUAGCCAUAGAAAACAGAUCUCUGUGAAGAAAGAACCUGACAAUAUUGAAAAGGCAAUGACAUUCAUUGUGACAUCUUUAAAAUAUCAUAAAAUGAGAAAAGAAAAGCUCAAUUUUGUUGGAAGACAGAAGCACAUUAUUCCAAAGUUGAAAGAAGACAAAGAAAGUGCCAUAGUUGAUGCCAUUCGAGCUGCAACAAAAACUUUGUGGGAAAAAGAAAUUUCAGACAUCAAUUAGAAUUCAAAUUCUUCCAAACUUAUCAUUUAUUAAAAGUUCAUAACAGUAGGUAUAAGAUAUAUAGGGCAAAAUUAAUGAUUGACACUGGCCACAGAGUGACUAAAUCUAAAAAAAGGCAAUUGAAAAAUUGUCUAUCAAUCGCCACUGAUAGCCUAUUUUUUCCCACCGAAAUCUGCUAAUUACUUUAUUGCAUGGUUGUUUUGAUUUUCUUAUACAAAGACUAUAGACGAUUAAUAGCCAUAAAAAUAUAUUGAUGUGUUUUAUUUCCAAGUUGAUAAUAGAGCUUUAGAUAAUACUAAAUAUGUUUUCAAAUUAUUUUUCUUUUUUUAGUAAGUUUUAAAUAUUUUAUUUUCAAUGAUUAUUUUAAUUUUUUGUUUCAUGUCAGUUUGCAUUCUACAUAUUUUUAAUCUUCAAACUAAUUUUUUAAUUGAAUUUGCUUAUUAACAGUUUAAUUUGAGUCCACUUAAUUUCAUAUAUAUAUUUUAAUUUAGGUAAUCAAUAUUUAAAAGUAAUAUUUAAAAGUACUAAAUAGUAUGAUUUCACUUUUAUGAUAAAAAUUAUAUCAGAUUUAUUUUGUAAUUAAUAAAUUUUAUGUUUGCUAAUAAACAUUUUUUUUGUUGCGUUAAAUUUAAAAACUGAAACCUGAAAUAAUAUUAGUUGAAAAUGUUAAAUACAAUAUUUUACAUUAGUAUACUUGGAGUGGUCAGGAUAGUUUUUCUUCAUUUAAGAAAUUGCUUGCUUCAAAGGAAAUAAUUUACAUUAAUGGUAUCAAAAGUUAUUUUGGGCAGGGAAAGCCUGGUUGUUAGGGCGUUGCACCCAUGUCCGAGAUGUUGUGAGUUAAAUCCCCACCGACCGAAGACCCCUCGUGUAGUAAAUGGUGACUGGUGCAUGUCAAAUCUCUCGGGUCACAAAGUCCUCCAUGUUCCCAUAAACUAUACCACUGGAAGUACUUACUUGGAGAUUGAUUGUUCACU